AUGGCUACCUCAAAUGGGAAAGGUGAAAAAGUGUCCAAAUUUGAGACAUUGAAACUUUUGGAGAAAUGCAGAAAGGAAAGAGAUGAUGCCAUGCACAGAGAAAGUGUUCUCAGAGAGAAACUUAAACAGUAUGAGUCAAGGAUACGUUCAACUGAAGCUCUGAAACAGAAACUGAAGACCUUGACUAUGGACAACAAGGAGUUCAGGAAACAAGUGAAGGCUCUUCGUACUGAGAUUGGACUUGAGUGCAACCCUAAGUUCAAUGGAAAGACCACAAAGGAUAUAAUCAGUGACUUGCAUGAAAAAGAGCGUGAGUGCAGUUCCCUGGUGGAGAAGGCUGGGAAACUGAGUCUGACCAUUGAUGAUUUGACAUCAGAGUUGGCAAAUACAGUCACGUCUAAAACACUUUUAGAGGAUCAAGUGCAAUCAUUGCAGCAAAAUCUCAAGGAUAUGACAAAUAAUCAGCGGCGUCUGCUGAAGUUGUGGGAAGACAAGAAGUCCCAGAGGGAGCAGCUCGCCCUCCCUGCAAUUACCCCGAAACCUGGACAAAGACCAUUUGUCCAUAAAGCAGUUCAAACUGAGAUGUCCAUCAAUUCAUCCCAAAAGCUCCCAGUCAAUGCUUUUGAGACCAAGCCAUUCUCUCGGGACCAUGACAAAAAGACUGUUUUGAAUAAACACAGUUUUCCAAAUUAUGGAAGUGGUUAUCAUCAUGAUAAGAAAGCGUUCAUGCAGGAUGAAACGAAAGGAAUUCAAAAUUGACUUGACCUUUUGACUGACAGCCACUAAAACUCUGCAUUGAGAAAGUAAAGCAGAGAUAUAGCAAAUAAUUAUUAGAGUAAUGUUUAAUAUAUAUGUAAAUAAACAAAUGAGUAAAAGGAGAUACAAUUUAAACGAUGAAAAUCUGAUUUAUAGCUUGUCUUGGUGCCUUGUGUAAUUGAAUUCUGUGACAAUGUAGUUAUUUCCGUAUUUGUAUCAUUCAACGGUAACCUAACUUUAUACAUCUGAAGUCAACAUUUAACCGAAGCAACUUUUAAACGCUAUUGUUUGUUUAUUCCGUUCAACCAAGCUUGCAUUGGCCGGACAGUCCGAAUUUAUACAUAUAUUUUUUUGUUGAACAAGCUCGUCAAACUAAAUUCGUGUGGCUGUGAUACUGGCAGCAGGCACGAAUAUGGACAACUUUUAAUCGGGGUCCUUCAGAGGUCCUUUGAAUACAUGUGGCGCGAUAUGGGAAACUGAGUGGAAAAUAGUUUGACAGCCGGAGAGCCGAAGAGAGUAUUAUCGCCGUGUGGCUCUCCAUCUACCCAAACAACAUGUUUUCUAUACAGCAAAGUUGUUGGUUUGU